AUGUCAUCGGAGGAAGCAUUGGGUUCAACGAUUACAGACUGGCUGUUUGUCAACUCGUGGUGGCUGCUUCUUCCUUUCAUCAUGCUCCUUGUAGUUGUGGCCUUCAUUGUGGCGUUUGUCCUGCUUUUAUACAUGAUAUCACCUUUAAUUAGCCCCAAACCUCUCAAACUGAAUGGGGCCCACGUCGUGGUGACAGGGGGAUCUAGUGGAAUAGGAAAAUCCAUUGCUAUGGAGUGCUACAGGCAAGGAGCUUUCAUCACUUUGGUGGCCCGAGAUGAGGCUAAACUUCUUCAAGCGAAAAAAGAAGUUGAAACAUUUGCCAUCAAUGAUAAGCAGGUGGUGCUGUGCAUAUCAGUGGAUGUUGCCAGUGAUUACAAUCAAGUGGAAAGUGUGAUUAAACAGGCACAGGAAAAGCUGGGGCCUGUUGAUAUGCUUGUCAAUUGUGCUGGCAUGUCCAUUUCUGGGAAGUUUGAGGAAAUAGAAGUAGAUCGUUUCAAAAAAAUGAUGGAAGUGAACUAUCUGGGCAGUGUGUACCCUACUCGUGCUGUUAUCACCACAAUGAAGGAGCGCAGGAUGGGGCGGAUCAUGUUCGUGUCCUCUCAAGCAGGACAAAUAGGCCUUUUUGGAUACACUGCUUACUCGCCUUCAAAGUUUGCCCUGCGUGGUCUUGCAGAAUCUUUGCAGAUGGAGAUCAAGCCGUACAACAUCUAUGUUACUGUUGCGUAUCCCCCUGACACUGACACUCCUGGACUAGCUGAGGAAAAUAAAACAAAGCCUCUAGAGACAAAACUGAUCUCCGAAACGUCUGGAGUUUGUCAGCCAGAGCAAGUGGCAAAGAUAGUUGUACGAGAUGCAGUGCAAGGAAACUUCAAUAGCUCAGUUGGUCCAGAUGGGUACAUGCUCGCUGCCCUCGCCUGUGGAAUGUCACCUGUCACCUCCAUCACAGAGGGUCUUCAGCAGAUUGUUACCAUGGGGUUGUUCCGCACAAUCGCCCUCUUCUACCUUGGCAGUUUUGACAGCAUUGUGCGCCGAUGCAUGAUUCAAAGAGAGCAGUCAAAAGCAGCAGACAAGAGGGAGUAA